CUGUAUCUCUCACAGGCACUGUGCAGGACUCACAGCUAUGUUUCUCUCUUCCUAGUAGUCCAAUCCUAAAGCGAAGCCCUGACAUCACCAAAUCUCCACUGACAAAGUCAGAACAGCUGCUGCGAAUAGAUGACCAUGACUUCAGCAUGAGACCAGGUUUUGGAGGUCCUGCAAUUCCUGUAGGGGUGGAUGUCCAAGUUGAAAGUCUGGACAGCAUUUCCGAGGUGGAUAUGGACUUCACCAUGACACUUUAUCUGAGGCACUACUGGAAAGAUGAAAGACUGUCCUUUCCCAGCACCAACAAUCAAAGCAUGACAUUUGACGGCAGGCUGGUGAAGAAGAUCUGGGUUCCUGACAUGUUCUUUGUCCACUCCAAACGUUCCUUUAUCCAUGACACCACCACUGACAAUGUCAUGCUGCGGGUCCAGCCAGAUGGGAAGGUACUUUAUAGCCUCAGAGUUACAGUAACAGCGAUGUGCAACAUGGAUUUUAGUCGCUUUCCCCUGGACACACAGACGUGCUCCCUGGAGAUUGAAAGCUAUGCUUACACUGAAGAUGACCUCAUGCUGUACUGGAAGAAUGGGAAUGAUUCCCUAAAAACAGAUGAGAGGAUAUCGCUGUCCCAGUUCCUUAUCCAGGAGUUUCACACUACCACAAAACUUGCCUUUUACAGCAGCACAGGAUGGUACAAUCGUCUCUACAUCAACUUCACUUUGCGUCGACACAUCUUCUUCUUCUUGCUCCAAACCUACUUCCCUGCCACUCUCAUGGUUAUGCUGUCCUGGGUGUCCUUCUGGAUUGACCGUCGAGCAGUUCCUGCCAGAGUCCCUUUAGGGAUCACUACCGUGCUGACCAUGUCUACGAUCAUCACUGGGGUGAACGCCUCCAUGCCCCGCGUUUCCUACAUCAAAGCAGUGGACAUUUACCUGUGGGUCAGUUUUGUGUUCGUCUUCCUCUCGGUGCUGGAAUACGCAGCAGUGAAUUACCUGACCACAGUGCAAGAGCGGAAGGAGAGGAAACUCCGGGAUAAGCUCCCCUGUGCGUGCAGCCUUCCUCAGCCUCGGCCCAUGAUGAUGGACGGCAGCUACAACGACGGUGAUGUGAACGAGCUGGGGCACUACGUGUCCGAGAACGGGGACAAGCAGGACAGAAUGAUGGUGCAGCUGGCGCUGGGGUCCGAGAGGGGCUCGGGCAGGAGGAAAAACCAGAGAUACGUCAGCAUGCGGAUCGACACCCACGCCAUCGACAAGUACUCCAGGAUAAUAUUCCCUGGUGCAUACAUUCUAUUUAAUUUGAUAUACUGGUCCAUUUUUUCAUAAACACAUAACUCCUGUAGUCACAGUGUAUUGUGGCAGGGUAUCAGAGUACUGUCUCAUAGGCUAACGGAAUGAAAAUAGAGAAUUAAUUUGAAGAUUGAUUUUUUUCAGGAUUUCAAUUUUUUUUUUACUAGAUGCAACUCAUCUGCGGCAAAUAUGACUGUGCAAGUUUCACAUUUCAAAUAAAUAAGAUAUCCAAUCUAAAACUUUAUACAUAUUUAAAGCUGUGCUAUGUUCCUUCUUGUGCCUCACAGGCCACUGUAAACUACUUUAAGGAGUGACAUUAAUUGCCAGCUGCUUAUAUAAGGUGUGACUUCCAUUUUGUGCCCCCCAAAUCCUAAUUCUCUUAGUAUUUGAGCACACGCAUAUAUCUCUCAACUCAGCAGACUUACAGCAUUUAGCACCGAUAAGUACAAAAGAUAUGCAAACGCUUGCGUGCUUGCAGGAUGAGAUCAGAAGCAGCUAUUGCAAAAACAAAAUGUCCAGUACUGGGAAACGCUUCAGCAAGACUAUUAAUGGCCAAAGGCAACUUUCACUGCUCCGUGCAUGCAGUGCUGGAAGCACGGCACUGACAGAGCCAAGCAGCAAAACCUUUCAGACUUGUGCUGCCUCAAUUGUACUUAAAAACAAUGAAGUAUUUCCAAGCUGUAUCGAUUAACCUUUUAAAAUAUAACUUGCAGAGUACAUUUACCAAGGAAUCCAUCAGUCUGAACAAAAGUUGGGCUUUCCGUGACGCCAAAUCCUCUGGGAAACGCAGGACCUCUCCUUGGAGUUGCUUAUUUGGGUCAGUGGGAGUUUUGCUUGAGUUUCCUAGGAGAGGAAAAAGAUUUCUCUGCAAAGUGAUCCGGUGAAGACAAGUGGGCGUCUACAAAAAGAAUACAACCACUGUAGGAGAAGCCACUUCUCACUGAGACAGCCUCGGUGCUACCAGUUGGAACAGGAGAGCUCUCUGCAGCCUGAACGCCAAGAACUGCUGCAGCCUGUAAAGUUCUGCCCCUGCCAAAGCCUUUGGUGAGUGCGGACACUUCCAGAAGAAGCCUGGUCCAUCCAUUUAUAGUGAAAGCCCAGCAGAAAGGUGCUCAGCAGGUGACAGAGCAGAUGCCAUGACUUUAUAUCUGCAUUGCUAACCUAACCACGUUACAGUUGUAAAGUUACCAUGCUGAAAGCUUUGGAACGAAGUGGAAAGGAGCUCCCACCAUGAGAGAGACCAAGGUCCAUUUGAGCAACUCUGCUUCUCCCCGGCACCUCACAGCCCAGCAGGCCCUUGCAGCAGGCACAGACCCAUCCAGGGCAGGGCAAGAGGACAAGGCUGGCACUGGGGGCACGCAGUGCUCACCUCAGUUCCUACUGGACAUCACAGCUUCAGAAGAGCAGUCAGCCAGCAUAAACGCUGCAUCUGUACAAUGCAAAAUCUGUAGCGUAGAAGUAGUGAAAUAUUUCAGGCGUAGCUGCUCUGAAAAUAAAACUAGAGCAGUGGUGUCUCCAGAAGGAACAUGAAUCUUCUCACACAAAGCCUGCCCUGGACUCCAUGCAUUAUACUUGUGACACAGGCAUUACAGCUGUUUGAACGCUGCUGACUGCUGCUUUAAUUUCAUGUGUAAAUAAAUGUCAUGUACAAGUACUCAGCAUUUCUUAUAACUACUGAACUUGUGAAAUGCAAGAUGUACCUACGCGGCCUCUUGUGCUUACAGCCGACACGCCACUGAAACCACAAAAACUACAAUUAGUAAAAGACAAACUGUCACCAUGAGAUAGCUGUUACAGAUUUCUACAUGGAUUUUUCUUCACAUGCACAUACCAUCUUAACUUCUUCUUACCAUAUCGUAUUUCUAUCCACUGAGGUUUCUUUUUCCUACAAAAGAUUAAAAAUUUGUAUUAAAAUGUAACAUUUUAAUUGGAUGGAAGUAGAAAGAUCACCAUGGUAGAAGCACCAGGACUGCCUGCUCUCCUUUGUUCUGAUGGCACCUUUCCUCACAGAGAGCUCCAAGACUUCUUGGGAACUGCUCACACAGGAACAUAUUUAGGUCCUCACUAACCUAAGAACCCAUUUGCUCCCACAAUUGUAAGAACAGCACGGACAGGAGUGCCAGAUACUGCAGUCAGCUAUCCAGCUAUAUAAGAAGCUGACACCAUGUAAAUUGCUUCAGGAUUACAUGUUUCUUUAUGGGACAUUAACCAGAAAAUCGAGGAAGAUUUUGGAGAUACAAAUGGGAGUUGGACUUUCAGAUUCCUUGGCUUCCAGGGGAAGAUUGGUUUCUAACUUCCCAUUGAUUGUGAAAUCCUCCCUUCUGACAUGGCCUCCUAAACAGACUCCACAACCUCCAUGUCUGGAUUCAUAUUGUUAAAUGAUUUAUGUUUUAUUUUGGAAACUAGUGCCUUUUCAGUCUUAUGUAAAUGUGUAUAUAGAUGUACUGUAUAAGAACAGGAUACGUCAGAUACAGCCAGUGUUUGCUAUUAAGGACUGCAGCCAUUAAACAUACUUCAUACACAGUAACUACUUUUCACCUUCCAGUGUACUGGUUUGUAUCCAAACACUAAUGCUGUGCACUCCUCCUCAUUUCCACAAUAAAUCAGAGCGGUUUCUUUGUUUUGGUUCUUUUCUACAAAUGCUCACCAUCAAAACCAAAACUCCAUACUUGUACAGCUCUGCUUCCCACCUUCAAAAGAACAAUCUCCAUGAGUUUGUACAUGUACAAAGACCUUUCUGCUCUGGAUCUAAUCAAGUCAAAUACCGAAUGACUUAAGAUUCCACAGCACCAGAAAGCCCCAGGAUCUCACAGGCACAGCUCUGAUAAGGAGCAAGCAUGCAUCUCAGAAUCAGAGAAGAUGGCAUUU